AUGUGUGUCGGUUAAACGCGCGAAUCUGUGCGUAACGCGCGUGUGUGUAACCGCGGGUUGUGUUCCGUCGGCGGCACUACUUUAUCUCCUCUUCUCUGUCUCUAACCAGAUGACAGGGGAUUUUUUUCUUCCUUUUUUUGUGUGGAGCCUCCGUCGAUGAGCGCUUGAAGAGACUUGCUGCUGAAGACAACGGGAUCGAGUCUCGACCGAGCGGUUCCCCCCUCUCCGCCAGCCGGAAUCCAAAAUGAAACUCCUGAUCUGCGUGAUGGCGGUCGCCUUGGCGGUGGGAUCUGCGCACGGAGGUACAUCCGGCGAGCCGUGCGCCGGCAGAAACUGUGGCGAAGGAUGCAGGUGCAACCCGGAGAAAGGCAGCAGGGGUCGCCCGGGGACCCUCGGUGAUGUGGGUCAGAGUGGACCCGAGGGCCCCCGUGGGGGUCUGGGCCCCUCCGGGCCCAAAGGAGAGAAGGGCCACAAUGGACUGAAAGGACCGUCCGGUUCCAAAGGAGACAAGGGGCCAAUGGGGGUCCCCGGGUUCCGAGGAACUGACGGAGUACCUGGUCACCCCGGUCAGGCCGGAGGACGAGGACCGGUGGGUCUGGACGGGUGUAACGGAACCCGAGGAGAAACCGGAGCGCCCGGAUACGGGACCGGAGGGCCUGGACUACCGGGAUUUGCCGGUCCUUAUGGGCCGAAGGGUCAGAAGGGAGAACCUCGAUUCAUCUCUCGUGGAAACGGUCUCACGAGUUACCCAGGAUCGCAAGGAGCAGGAGGUCAACCUGGUAGCCCAGGUCCGACUGGUCCUUCCGGGUCUCCGGGUUCGAAUGGUCCUGAGGGGUUCUCCGGCCCGCCUGGCCCACCCGGGCCUCCAGGACCAAUGGGAAGCCAGAGUGACGGGUACGUCGGAGAGAAAGGAGACAAGGGCGACGUGGGUCUUCCCGGACCCAGCGGGACCCCCGGAGACGGGUCGCUACGAAGUGAACAAACUCUCACUAUCUACAAAGGAGACAAGGGGGAACCGGGCCUGAGAGGCAUCAGAGGCUUCACCGGACCGGUUGGCAGACCUGGACCUUUCGGCUAUCCCGGUGAAUUUGGAGAGAAGGGCAUCCCCGGAUACCCCGGGGCCAGAGGUCUUCCUGGUUUCAACGGCCCCCCCGGAUCUACAGGACAACAGGGACUGAUGGGCUCUCCCGGUUACUCGGGGCAAUCAGGAUACCCGGGACCAAAGGGAGACCUCGGCGGCCCCGGGGCCCCCGGACCCCCCGCCUACGUCAGUGGGUCGAACACAGCUGUUCAAGGACCGACAGGUAACCUGGGUCACAACGGCCUCCCCGGGGCCCCCGGCGACCAGGGAUUCCCAGGAUACGCGGGACCCCCGGGCCGACCAGGAGUCGGUGGUUUUGGCACCGGUUUUUCCGGAUCCCCCGGUUUUCCCGGGACCGCCGGCCCCAAGGGCGAGAAAGGCAACCAAGGCAUACCGGGCUACGGCUUCGAAGGAGGACCCGGCAGCCCCGGACACCCCGGACCCGCCGGCAACCCCGGACCUCAGGGCCCCGCUAGUACUCCCGGACGUCCAUCGCACAUCCCAGGAGAGCCUGGACCUCCUGGCCCCAGAGGAGAGCCGGGGGACACCGGAUACAAUGGCGGCAGAGGUGACGCUGGCGACUGCCACUGCCGUGGAGGAGGCACCUCGGGGUCCCGCGGGCCCCCCGGAGGCCCCGGGGUCAACGGCAGCCCCGGCUACGGCGGACGAAAGGGCGAGCUGGGCGACGGCGGCUCGCCGGGCUUCCACGGCGUGCCGGGUUCUCCCGGUCGCCCCGGUGGCAGCGGUUACUUUGGGCGUAAGGGCGAGAAGGGGACGUCCUUCUACCCUAACCCGGGCUUCGGGGUGAAGGGCGAUCUCGGCCACACCGGGCCCUCCGGCCCUCAUGGAGAACGGGGAACGCCCGGCAGAGACGGGCUGCCCGGCUUCCCCGGGACCCCCGGCCCCCCGGGCGACGGCGGCUACGGCACGUUGGGAGAGAAAGGGUUCCCGGGGUUCCCUGGGGCCAAGGGGCGGCCCGGGGGUCCCGGGGAACCCGGCAACGGCUACGCCGGGACGCCCGGCUUCCGCGGGGAGCCCGGAGAGCCCGGUAUUCACGGGUUUCCAGGGCAACCGGGUUUACCCGGACCAAAAGGUGAAAACAGCUGUGAGGGGGUUAAUCACGCCGGAGAGGGAACGGGCCAAGUGUUACCCUGCUCCAUACCCGGUGAGGGAGGAGACCCCGGUUACCCCGGAGUACCCGGACGACCAGGUCUCAAGGGGGAACCGGGCUUCCCAGGAAACCCCGGGCGACCCGGGUUUGACGGAGCCAAAGGAGACGUCGGAGACCACGGUUCUGGAGGCCGGCCUGGACCCCAAGGUUUCCCCGGGCCCAGAGGGGACCCCGGUCUCCCAGGCGGUCCCGGACAGAGCUUUGACGGCGGCCGGGGGAAGGGCGGCCUCCCGGGGCGACCCGGGGCCAACGGUCAGCCCGGAGAGGUUCUGGGAGCCACACCCGGCGGCCCGGGACGCAACGGACUACCGGGGACCCCCGGAGACAAGGGCCAGCCCGGGACCCCGGGAGGUUCUGGAUUACCCGGUGGCGGCGGGCGCUUCGGCGUUCCCGGGCUGAAGGGCGAGCGCGGCGCCGACGGCUACCCCGGCAGCAGCGGCCUCCCCGGCCUCCCGGGCGAGCCCACCUUCGGCAUUCCCGGUCGGCCCGGAUCUCCCGGCGCCAGCGGACUGAGCGGAUCACCAGGUUUCCCCGGUCGUAAAGGAGAACAUGGAGAUCCGGGUUUCCCGGGGCCGGCUGGAAUGAAGGGAACCCCGGGACACACCGGCACCCCCGGAUCAGUGGGACCGAGGGGACCCCCCGGACCACCGGGACCGGGAACCAGAGAGGGAAUCCCGGGAACGCCGGGAAGGAAGGGCGAGAGAGGCUUCGCCGGACUGAUGGGUUUCCCUGGACAACCAGGUCGACCCGGGAGCUCAGGGUUCCCUGGGGUGAAAGGCGAGUCCGGGGGCCCCGCAAGAGACGGACUGCCCGGCGGUCCGGGAUUCCCCGGACAGAAAGGUGAGAGAGGAUACUCCGGUCUCCCCGGCUCGCCCGCUCGUCCUUUCCGACAAGAGUUUGUGGAGAGAGGAGAACCCGGAAACCCCAGUGGCAACGGCCUUCCUGGCUUCCCCGGACCCCGAGGUGACAAGGGUCUGUCUGGUCCGCCCGGCCGUCAGGGUCUGCCUGGACUUCCCGGUUACGCCGAGCAAAGUAAAGGACAGCCGGGACAACGCGGUUACCCGGGACAACCGGGAAACCCCGGUUUCCCCGGGCCGAAGGGAGAAUAUGGAAUCAUGGGAUUCCCCGGCACGUCAGGACCUCGGGGUGACGACGGUUCGGCCGGUUUCCCCGGCAACCCUGGAGAAUUUGGUCGUUCCGGUGGAAAAGGUGCACCCGGAGAAAGCUACGGGUACCCCGGAGGUCCAGGAGCUAAAGGCCAGCCCGGAGGGCCAGGCUUCCCAGGUGGCCGCGGCAAUGACGGCACCCCCGGCGACAACGGCUUUCCCGGAGUUCCAGGUUUCUCUCAAGUGAAGGGAAGUCCUGGUGGUGGGGGGCGGCCUGGAAUAAUGGGAUCCCCUGGUUUCCCCGGGCCCACGGGCCAGGCCGGCUACCCGGGAAGGAGAGGCGAAGACGGGCCUCCUGGUCAUCCCGCAGGUCAUGGAGGCCCCGGUGCCAAAGGUUUGCCAGGUCCCCCCGGUCUGGAUGGACUCAAUGGCCUCGGUGGACCCAAAGGACUCCCUGGAACCCCAGGUGGGAGUGGAGGCGGCCUCCCGGGUUCUCCUGGUGUUCCGGGUUUCAAGGGGGAGCGAGGCGUCUCCUACCCGGGAGGUCCAGGCUACAACGGACCGAAGGGGGAGAGAGGAAACUCAGGUGGUCCUGGACGCGCAGGGUUCCCCGGUCUGCCCGGACCUCCUGGUCCCACUGUGGGGUCAGAUGUUCCCGGACCUUUGGGAAACCCCGGUCUGCCUGGACUGGAUGGAGAGUAUGGUCUCCCCGGUCCCCAAGGUCCUCCCGGCCCUCCUGGUCCCGGCACAGCCGAUGGGGACCGCGGUGACUCCGGGCUCCCGGGGUUCCCCGGCGGCCCCGGCAGGAAAGGAGACCCGGGCAUCCCCGGAGGCCCCGGCCUCCCCGGCAGCUCCAGCUUCAAAGGAGGACGAGGUGAGACCGGCUACAGCGGAGGUCCCGGUCUCAAGGGUUACCCCGGUGACCCCAGUUACUAUGGAAACAAAGGAGCCAAAGGAGUACAAGGCCGUCCUGGUCGUGCCGGUAGCCCGGGGCUCACAGCGAUAGCCCAGCCCCCCGGCCCGCCGCCCUACGGAGAGAUGGGUUUCCCCGGUGGAGCCGGCGGUUCCGGUGGCCCCGGAGACGCCGGUCAGUUUGGACUACCGGGACGUGGAGGGUCUAAGGGUCGUCCCGGUCCGGUGGGUAAACUUGGCAGAACCGGAUCUCCUGGUUUUCCUGGACCAAUCGGCGACGCCGGACCCCCCGGGUUCCCCGGAGCCACUGGAGAGCAAGGACCCACCGGCAAAGCCGGACGUGCCGGCUCCCCCGGGGGCGUCGGCCGCAGCCACAGCAUCGGCUACACGCUGGUGAAGCACAGCCAGAACGCCCAGGUGCCCAUGUGCCCACAGGGCAUGGCCAAGCUGUGGGACGGCUACAGCCUGCUGUUCGUGGAGGGUCAGGAGAAGGCCCACAACCAGGACCUCGGCCAGCCGGGCUCCUGCCUGCCCAGGUUCAGCACCAUCCCGUUCCUCUACUGCUCCCCCAACGAGAUCUGCUUCUACGCCAGCCGCAACGACAAGUCCUACUGGCUGUCCACCAGCGCGCCCAUCCCCAUGAUGCCCGUUGCCGAGCAACAGAUACAGCCGUACAUCAGCAGGUGUUCUGUGUGUGAGGCUCCCUCUCUGGCCGUGGCGGUCCACAGUCAGGACAUGACCAUCCCCACCUGUCCUCCGGGCUGGAGGAGUCUGUGGAUAGGAUACUCCUUCCUCAUGCACACGGCGGCCGGCGCCGAGGGCGGCGGCCAGUCCCUGGCGUCUCCCGGCUCGUGCCUGGAGGACUUCCGCGCGACGCCGUUCAUCGAGUGCAACGGCGCCAAAGGCAGCUGCCACUUCUUCGCCAGCGAUUACAGCUUCUGGCUCACCACCGUGGAGCCCAGCCAGCAGUUCGUCUUCUCGCCGGCGCAGCAGACCCUGAAGGGGGGGCAGGAGCGCUCCCGGGUCAGCCGCUGCCAGGUGUGCAGCAAGCUGUUGUAGUAGGAGGAGGAGGAGGAGGAGGAGGAGGAGGAGGAGGAGCUGGGAGGGUCUGGAGGGCCUGGAGGUGAUGUAAUAACACCACAUAGGAGAAGUAAAAGAGGGAGAGAGAGGUGCUGACGAUGGAGGAUGAGAUGAUUCCUGCUUCUCGAAAAAAAAACACGGACUUCGUUUUUUUUUUGUUUGUUUUGUUUUUCGAUCCCUUUCUAAAGGAUGAAUUCAUGUUUUACGAAAGAAAAAAAAGAAGUGAGUAAAAAAUAGGAAGAGCUCCAUCAGCUCCUAUCUACUGUUCUCACUGACAAUGGUGCUAUUGUUUAUGUGUUUGUGUUUUUAUUUUGUGCCCGUUUCCUGCGUUCUGCGUGAGUGGCGCCCCCCGGUGGCUCGCACUGUAGCCGCUCACACACGUCUGCUUCAGAUCACCAGCUCACGCGAGGUCGAGUCCCGACGUCGGUGUGUUUGAGAGUCGGUUGAAUCUAAGGUCUCGCCCCCCCCCCCUCCCCCCCUUUCACGUUGAAAACGUACCGGUUGUUUUUGCAGAAAUUCCUAAUUUCAUUACGAAUUGAGCCGUAAGUGAGCCACGUGGAACCUUUUCCAGUCCGGUGUUCGGAGUUACCUCAUUUUAUAUAGAAAAUAUAAGUAAAACGUACCUUUUUAAGAACAAAAGUAAAUCAGAUGACAGGCCAAAAGCAACUUUUAAGGUAGAAUCUCCUUUUUUUAAAUAAUUUCUAUAUUUUCCCAUUCGACUUUCUAACAAUAUAAAUAUAUUUGCAGAUAUUGCAGGUUCCAAAUCAGCGUUUUCAACCUCUAAAAAUAACAGAAACACACAAAAAAGAAGCCACGCUACGGUUCUCAACUUUUAUUCUGAAAAGCAAGUUGCAAUUCUCCACAAUUUGAUUUUUAUAUAUUUUUCAGGAAUGACUAUUACCUUUGAAGUUUGCGUGUGACGACUCUACGGUGCUACGACAACCCUCUCUGACUUUGAAAUACAAUAUUUAAAAAAUACUAAAACAUGCAUGAAAAUGAAAGAAAACAUCUCUUUUCCUUAAAACUGCUAAAACUGAAUCUCUGCAACAGCAAACUGCAGUAAUGAGUGACUUGAACAAAGCCAACCAUUCAUUUAUAUAUAUAUAAAUAAAAAUAAAUAUAUAUAAAUACAUAUAUAUAUAUAUAUAAAUAUUAAAAAUAUAUAUAUAUAUAUAAAUAUAUAUAUAUAUAUUUUAAUUUAUUUGUAUUUAUAUAUAUACACAUUAGAAUAAACCAAAACAAGGGGCAUAUUUCCUCUCCACCUUCACAGGCUUUCAUCUUUAUGUUGUGACCAAACUUUACUCAGAUGGCAACAGGAAACCAAACACACACACACACACACACAUAGGUUGUUGAUUAUUGCUGUAUAUAAUGCUGACUGUUUUUCCCACCAAAGUAUGAUUGAGCUAAAGUCUAUAAAGCUUGUAGCUCUUUGUUUUGAUAUAUUAUUAUUUGUUCCCAGUCUGUGUCUUGUCCGCUGUCCCUGGAUAAGGAAGCCGUCACCUACUUUCUGUCUAUAAAUGCAGAUUUUUGCAGACGUAUUUAUGACGGAAACAAGCUAUUUUCUUUGCAUUGACUUUGGUUUAUGAUCAAAAGAAAAAAUAAUCAAAAGUUCCGCCUGUUUCCUUUUAUCCUUGGACAGUGGGAGCGACUGGGUGACGUGUAACCACUAUGACCACUGUGUCUACAGCACAUAGCUCUUUCUCUCUGCUGGUAGCCCUGAUUAUAUUUACUAUGCCACAUUUGUACUUCUUUUUAUUUAGUUUUUCCUCUCCAUUUUUUUCCUUUUUUUUUUGUUCGGCCUUUUGUGGUUUUGUAAUCUAGAUUGUAAUUAUUUUACGGGAAUGGGAAGAUAACGAUGUGUACAUUAAAUAUUAUAAAACAAAUGCCUUUUUUAGGACUUUGUUUUUUAUAUGGAAAAAUAUAUUCGCCACUGAUGAUUUUACCGACGCAAGCAACCGGUUUUUUUUUUAAUUGUCUGUUUGGCCUUUAUCCCAUUUUCAAAAAGCACAGAAAAAGAGUUGAAAUGUUUUGUUAGUGCCCGGAGGGACGGAAAAGAAAUGCAGUUUUCCUCAAAGAGGAUCUAUAACAAGACAACAUUAAUAACAUGUAUGUUACUGUAAUGUUUAUUUCUGUGCUCACACCCAUCGAAAUAAAGUCUCUGAACUAACUGAGAAUA